GUGAUUUUAUGACAGUGCCAAGAUCAAUCCUGUUUUGCAUUUUGCUGUUGCAAAUGAGUUAGAAAUGUUUCGCUGCACCGCAAUGAGCCAACAACAAAUGAAUGCCAACCCAAUUUAUUCCUCGCAAAUCAGGUCGCCACCGUAUAGCCUGUAAGCGUUUUUCUUCAAUCUGUAAAAUCGAGGCUAAAUGAUGAUGCAAAGGCAUUGCGCUAUACAGGGCCCUGCUUGAACAAUGUCUACGAGUCCCUAUUCCUGCCGAGCUACAACCUAAAGGGCCCAUUCAUCCACUUAAACAUCUUGUCCGCAAACAAUUUCGACGAAAUGUGUGGGAGCAUAGCCCAAAGAUUGUCGUCGCGGCACUCAAAACAGGAUAUGAGGUCUGUUCGCACCACUAUCAUUAUUAUCACUAUCAUCUAUUUUUUCAUUUUUAUUUUGACAGUGCAUUGACGAGAUCCUUCUUCAGGGAGAGAAGCUUAUUCGUACCGCUGGCGAUGGCGACCCGGACUCGAGAAACCAGAUAUACGAACUGCUACGCUACCGUAAAACUGUAGCUACUGCCUCCGCACUCCUUCCUCAACCUCUCAAACCCAAGAUUCGCUAUCCAGAAGCCAUCCCUGGUGUUCCCAAACUUCUCGAGGCGCGUCCUUUGCCAUUUGAAAAGCUCUCCGGACUUCGUCAUGUCCCUAAAUUUUCCAAAGCAAUGGUAUCAAAUUUCCUACGAAUACAGAAACCGCAAAGUCCAUAUCUGAGUCGGGUCCUAAGGGACAAAAUCGAGACGAGACAAAAGCGCACGGAUUCUCGGGAUAAAAUAGAGUAUUUGGAGGAGAUAGCAGUUGCAGAGAAUACCUGGGAAGACAUAAUUGAGGAUCAGUUGGAAAACGAGGGCCUGAGUGUUGACGAGUGGAACAAGAAACAACCAGGGCUAGGCUGGGGUGUGGGUUUCUGGGAGAAAGACAUGCAAUUAGCCGAUGCUUCUGUGAAGCAUCUCAUGGUGCAGGAAUCACUCAGGGUAGUCGAAUUGUCUAAAUUACAACUGGAACUAGUGGACAAGGAAAGAGAAUUAUGGAGGCAGGAGAGGGGCCAGAGAAGGCAUAACAAGAAUUUGGCCAAAUUGGAGAAAAAAUUUCAGGACCGAGUAUGAGCCAGUCUUUUAGAAAUAUGAUGGCUACUAAAUAAACAUACCAACUUGCUCUAGUUGCACUAUUUUGUGUGUCAAUUUAUCACGAGUAUUGGCUCAUAGAGAUGGCCGCAAAACUUGACAAGUCAUUGUAUUUCUUGCAAGAAUCAUCAUCGCUUGCUUCAUUCGUUCCUUUCUCAUUCAGAAACACCAUAGCCAGGAUAGAAAACCAGUUUCGCCGCGCUGAUGCCCCC